CUAAGAUACUAAUCGGUGACAAUUACUAUAUAAAAACCAUGACACGAUAUAAAUUCUUCAGUAUUCGGUAUUAUAAUUUGAGUAACAGAAGUGCGAAAGGUUAAUAUUGGAGAAACUGACAGGUGGAGACUGUACCAUUUUUGUCAGGAAGGAACAGUAGGAACAUGAUUGAUCGUGUAUAUUACGAUGGUGGUUUAUUCAAGUUUAUUCCAUUUGAUAAUAAUACUUGGAUAAUUGAAUUAUUAAAACAAAGUGUUGAAAAGAAAGAAACUCAAUUAAUAAUUGGUGUAUGCAUAAUAAGCUGUCUACUAUGUUUAAUUACAAUUAUAAAAAUAAUAUUUAUACAUGAUGAUGAUGACAAUGUUACUUAUAAAAAGUCAGUAGAUAACAAAUAUUGUAAUGCUUUGAAGCUAACUUCAUCUUCAUAUCAUAAAACAUAUAUGUAUUUUAACAGUUCACAUCUUGAUAAUACAUCAGUCUUCAAUGAUCAAUUCAUGAAACGGGACAACAAUCAACAAUAUAUUAAAAUACAACAUGACAAAUUACAAGUGAGUAAAGUUUUACCAAUUACAGAAUCAUUAAAGAUCAAACAUUUAAACAAACCUAAUAUCCAACCAGUUCAAUUCAUUGAUCAUAUUCAAUGUGAUAAUGAUCAUUUGGAAAAUAAUCAAAAUUAUGAAUGGUAUAUAGUAGAUUUAUUUAAAUUUCAUAGAAACUCAUUAUACCGUUUAUUCAUAUAUUCAAUAAUUGUUAUAAUCUGUUUUCUAAUUUGUCUCUAUAGUUUUAUUAUAUCUUUUCAACAUAAACAAAAUUUAAUGCAACAAAUGAAUAAUAUACCAUCAAAAUUGAAAUUAAUCUCAUUAGAAAUAGAACAAUUCAGUCAUUAUGCUAUAGAUAUAACUUAUAAUUUAACUACAAUUCAUAUUCAUAAUGAUCUAUUACAAAGUUCAUCAACUAAUAGUUUAUUAAAUCAAUUUGUUCAAUGUAUAAAACAAUUUAUUGCCAAAAUUAUUACUUGUUUAGCUACUACUGAUUUAUGCUAUACAAGAAAUAACUCUUCAUUGAACAUGCAUUCAUUGACAACAUUUGCAUUGAAACAAAAUAAUCUAUCUUUCAUACAAUUAGAAAAGAUUAAUAAAGAAUCAAAUAUGAUAUUGGAUAAUUUUGAUUUAGUUCUACAUCGUUAUAUCAAUUUAAAUAAUGUUGCUAGAUUAUUGAAUUCUGAAUUAAUUAGAAAAAUUGAACAUUCAUGGUAUACAUAUCGACAAAGUUUAUCAUCUUUAACUUAUUUGAAUGAAUAUUUAAUGAAAGAGAAUAUAACAUCGAUGUCAUUUUUUUGGUGGCAUACAUCACCUAUUAUACAACAGACAAAAUAUAUUCUUUGUGAUAGUUUGAAACAUUCUAAACUUAUAGAUUUUACUUCAUGUAACCAAAUAGAUGAGUUUUUAUCAAAUCUUAUACAAUAUUCUACUGAUCUUCCAUUAACUUUACAAAUGAGAAGUUUAACAUCAGUUUUAAUGUAUGAUCUAAUUCCACAAGCAUUGAAUAUUGAAAAUUUGAUACAUCAAUGGUUACCGAUUAUUGAUAAUCUUUCAAAUAAUUGUAUAAACUUCUUAUUUGAAACAUAUUUAAAGCCAGAGAUUAAUAAAACUAAACAUGAAAUUUCUAGUUAUACCAAACAAUUUCCUUCUGUCAAACUUGUUGAACAGUUGAAGCAAAUUAUAAACUACUUCAAUAUUGCACUAUUAUCCUACCACAUACUAUUUAUUUCAUUGAGUAUAAUACUUAUCAUCAUUUACAUAUACAUAUUCAUUUUAAGUUAUCAAUUCAUCAAAGGUCGAAAUCAUCAAUACAAAACUUGGAUCAAUAAUAAAGGUCAAGUCAAAGUAUACAUACAUCGAUCUGUUUGUCUACGUUUUACUUUAUGUACAAUUUCUAUAAUAUGUUUCUUGUUGAUCAUAAUUAGUUUGACAAGUGUAUACAUCUCAUUAAUCGGUAUAAAUGAAGGUUGUAUAUAUCUACAAUCGAAUCAUUUAGCUCAAAUAAAAGCGGAUGAAUUAAUUACAAAAUAUUUAAAAGUUUUUAUUGAUAAUUUAAAUGAAACAAUCGAAUUUUUAUCAAUUCCAAAUUUAAAUUUACAAGUACCGCAAAAUAUUUUAAAAACAAUCAAUUCAAAAUAUACACCAGAUCAUUUACCAUUAUUAAAAAGUUUACAUAUAAAUCGUCCAUUGAAUUUUAUAAAUAUAUUAAAUUCUAAUUAUCUUUAUUCAUUAUUAUAUAAUAUUUGGUAUAUAGAAAUUACAAAUAAAACAAAAUAUUAUGAUUUAAAAUCAAAUAUCCCGCCAAUCGAUUAUCGCGCGUUAUAUGAACAAACUAAAUUAACAUUCAAUUUAACCAAUUUAUUUGAUCAUUUAUUUGUUGGUCAUGUCAAUGAUUAUUUAAUUCAUCCUGGUUUUAAUUAUUUUCUAAUUAUUUUACGUAAUUUAAAAAAGAUUUCAAAUGAUGAACAUAAAAAUUUAAUAAAUUUUUAUAAAAAAUUAAAUCGAUUAUAUAAAGAAUAUCAUAGUAAUUAUUUAUUUAUUGAAAAUCAAUUAAAUAUUAUUGAACAAAAUAAAAUUAUUUUAAAACCAUUUGAUAAACUUGCCAAUAUUAGUUUAAAUCUAUUAGAACAAAUUCAAUGUUUAUCCAAUUUAAAUAUUGAACAUUUAAUCGAUGGAUUAUUUUCAAUUAGUUGGAAUGAAUUAAAAUUGAAUUUCAUUCAAUAUAUAAUACCAUUUAUACAUUAUUUAUUAGAUGAUAUGAUACCAUUUAAUGGUUUAUAUGAAAUAUAUAUAAAUGGAAUUAGUUCUAUUUGUCCAUUAACUAAUAACAGUGAUAAUCAACAAUUAUCAAUGUUAAAUAUAAAGCCUAUAUUAAAUGAAUUAAAAUUAAUGAGUAUAACAAUGACAAUAGGAUGUAUUUUCUUAUUAUUAUUAUCAUUAAUUAAUUCAUUAUUAUUAUAAAAUGAAAUGUCUUAAAUUGUAUUGUGUGCUACUUACAUUGACAUAAGUAGUAUGUAACACUAGUCAGGAAUAUAGUAUCUGACAAUAAAAGAUCAAGAAGAUUGAGAAGAGAAAGAAUGAAAACAAAAAGUAAUUGAUAUGAAAAUGUCGGAACAAAAAUAAAGUUUAAAACAAAACGAACAGUCAAUUUUGAGACAAUUGAUUGAUAUUUUACAAAUGAUGGUUCACAGAUUUUAAUAUCUUUCUUUCUACGAACUAAUUCUUUCUUCGUGUACUAUAUCCUUAUUGUAAUGUUUCUAUUCUAUAUUACCACAACUGAAUUAACUACUUUUAUGAAUCCAGUGUUUAUCUUGUUGUGUUAAUGAGGUACUGCAAGUUGGACCGAUGCAUAUAUGUUCCUGGUCCUACGUUGUAGCUGACUGACUGUAAUAUUGUGUACAAAAUGUAUUUGAUUAUCCCCACUUUUGUUCUCAUUCAUUACAGAACUACUAGUUGAAUUCAUUACGAGUAAUAUCUGUGAUUAUGUUUUGCUUAUUUGUAUUUAAAAAUGAUUUUAAUUGAUUGAGUUGUUUACCUUUUUUAAAAAUACAUUUUCUGUCACUGAUGUUAUGUUAAUAGUUACAAUGAUGUUGUCAUGUUUAUUCACUGUCUCUUUAUAUUUUAUAGAUUUUCUAGAAUAAAAAUAAAUUCACCAUGUUA